UCGGCGCCGAUAUCUGCAGGCUUUUUUUAUCGGCGAUUGCGCAUUUCUAGACAAAAAGCAACAAUAAAUUAAUCGAAUCGGAUCUCCGCUUCCAAUUCUCGCUCUCCUUCGUUUCUGCUCCGCCGCACUCCAUCUCCAAUGGCGCACCUCAUUCGGGCCGGGUCAUCGUGUCGUCUCUCCAGCUCCGGAGCUGCGCGAUCCAUGUCCACGGCGUGGUGGCGCCUCGUCGAGCCUGCUGCCAAGGAUCCCAUCCUCGGCGUUACCGAAGCUUUCCUCGCCGAUCCUAGUCCUGCAAAAGUCAAUGUCGGCGUUGGUGCUUAUCGUGAUGAUAACGGAAAGCCGGUGGUCCUGGAGUGCGUCAGAGAAGCGGAGAGGAGAAUCGCCGGCAAUUCGAACAUGGAAUAUCUUCCCAUGGGCGGAAGUGUGAACAUGGUUCAAGAGACUUUAAAGCUGGCGUAUGGGGAGGACUCCGACUUAAUUAAAGACAAGAGAAUUGCAGCAGUACAAGCUCUUUCAGGAACUGGUGCAUGCAGGCUCUUUGCAGACUUUCAGAAGCGUUUUUCCCCUGACUCGCAGAUUUACAUUCCAGUUCCUACCUGGUCAAAUCAUCACAAUAUCUGGAGAGAUGCUCAUGUCCCUCAGAAAACAUUCCAUUACUAUCAUCCUGAAUCAAAGGGUUUGGACUUUGCUGGAUUGAUGGAUGACGUGAAGAAUGCGCCAAACGGGUCUUUCUUUCUCCUUCAUGCUUGUGCUCAUAAUCCAACUGGAGUGGAUCCUACGGAAGAACAGUGGAAAGAGAUCUCAAACCAAUUUAAGGUUAAAGGACAUUUCGCCUUAUUCGAUAUGGCAUAUCAAGGUUUUGCCAGUGGUGAUCCAGAAAGGGAUGCCAAGUCCAUUCGGAUUUUUCUUGAGGAUGGCCAUCUAAUAGGAUGUGCACAAUCAUAUGCUAAAAAUAUGGGACUUUAUGGUCAGAGAGUGGGUUGUCUCAGUGUGGUUUGUGAGGACGAGAAACAAGCUGUGGCAGUGAAAAGUCAGUUGCAGCAGCUCGCAAGACCCAUGUACAGUAAUCCCCCUGUUCAUGGUGCCCUCAUUGUUUCCACCAUUCUUAGUGAUCCAGAUUUGAAAAAAUUGUGGCUGAAAGAAGUAAAGGGGAUGGCUGAUCGAAUCAUUGGAAUGAGAACUGCUCUUAAGCAGAAUCUUGAAAAGUUGGGUUCACCUCUUUCAUGGGAGCACAUAACUAAGCAGAUUGGCAUGUUCUGCUAUAGUGGCAUGACACCCGAGCAAGUAGAUCGCUUGACAAAUGAAUUUCACAUUUACAUGACUCGCAAUGGGCGUAUCAGUAUGGCUGGAGUCACCACUGGCAAUGUUGGUUAUUUGGCGAAUGCUAUACAUGAGGUCACCAAGUCAGGUUAGGAGGGGGCCAAUUUUCUUCUUGGAUGCUUCAUAUAUAUAAAUAUGUAUAUAUGGAGCCAUAAUUUAUGUGACUCUUAGAAAAUAAAACGGAUUUGUGCGAUUUUGAUUUGGUAAAAGCACUGGAGAAAUUAGAGCUCCAAUAACGAGAGGUGGAAACUCUUUUGGUUAGUCAACAAAUAUUCAUGUUACUGAUAGUGUUACAGUUGGGCCAAUUUCAAGGAGAUAUUGCAAGAUUUGUUGAAAGUUCUUAUACCAUGUGAUGUUUUAAUUGACAA